UGAAUUGUAUUUAAGGAAGGAAAGGUCAGAGUCAAAAUUUUCAGUGUCUAAAUGGUGUUUGGUGUGUGUGGGAGAAGCCUUGGCUGUUAGUUGAAACGUUUGAAUACUAUAUUUAAAACCCAAAAGAAAAAUAAACAAAAAGAUCCAAAACAAUUGUGGGGUGUUUUUCAUUGAAGGGUCAGAAACAUAUGAACCAACGGAGUUGGCGGUCCCGGCUUUGCUUCCUUGCCUUGUAACCUACAGUGAAUUUUGCCUUUGUUUCCUCGUCCACCUUCUUUAUUAUAAUACUAGUGUUUCUAUUGUCAUCCCCAUUGCUCAAAGUUUCUUGCUUUUUCUUCGUUCUUUCAAUUUUUUUUUUUUUGGUGUAGAAGGUUAAAAAUCCCAAAUUGUAGAGGAAUUGAUAGAUGGGUAUUGAUAUAUAGGGUGUUUAGAGAGCGACCCAGAUAGUAAAGUUUUGAUCUUUGGUCAAUAUGUGGAGGAGUGGGUGGAGAACAACCAGUGUUGUGCUCAAGGAUUUGGUGCACCGUGGAGGACCCAGAAGCCCAAACCCAUGUGCUGUGUUUGGUUUGAGGCGUUUUGGGAAUGAUGAGGAACAAUGUGGGUUUUUGAAUUCUCCUGGAAAGUUUCAGAGAAGGGCUGGGUUUGCUUCUUCUGGUGGGGAUGUCAAUGGGGAGGGUGAGAAUAUCAGUAAAGGUGCAGGUUUGGGAGGAAUGCCCAUAAGUUUUGGGGAGGCCAAGAGGCUUAUGAGGCUUGUGAAUGUGGAGGCUUUGAAGACUAAGCUUGGGACAGAAGGGAAAGAGGCCAUUCCUUAUUCUGAGUUGCUUGAGGCUUGUCAGAGCAUUGGUGUGGCUAGAUCGCGGGAUGAGGCUGCUACUUUUGCUAGGGUGCUGGAUGAGGCUGGAGUCAUCCUUCUCUUCAGGGAUAAGGUUCUGCUUCAUCCUGAUAGGGUUGUGGAUCUGGUUAGAAGAGCAGUACCCCUGGCUCUGACUCCUGAUAAUGACCCUGUGUGGGAAGAGUUAAAGAAGAUGCAGGAGAAGAAGAUAGAAAUUGAUAUCUUGGCACAUAGGCAUGUCCGGCGUGUACUCUGGGGUGGCCUGGGGUUGAUUACAACACAGCUCGCCCUCUUUUUCAGGAUGACAUAUUGGGAUUUCUCAUGGGAUGUGGUUGAGCCACUUGCGUAUUUCACCACAACAACUUGCAUUGGCAUAGGCUAUGCGUACUUUUUGAUUACUUCAAGAGAUCCGACUUACCAAGACUUGAUGAAGAGGCUUUUUCUCCGGAAGCAGAGGAAACUUAUCAAGAAGCAGAACUUUGAUGUUGAGAGAUUCAAGGAGAUACAGAGAAAAUACGAUACAACUCUACACGCCAGCACCUCAAUCAAGAACCGGAUCGGCAUGGAUGUGGAGCUGGACGAUGCUUUACACAGAGAUUAACACACUACAUAAUUUUACAUUUUGGUGAGAGCUGGGAAAUGGCAGGAGGUUAAACUCAGCUUUAUAUUGGUUACAGCUUACAAAUCUGGUCUCACUUGUUUUUUGUCUAGGUAGGGCCCAGAAUUUGAUCUUAACAUGUUGUUUCUGACCUACCUUUCAAUUUUUUGGCAUGAAAAUUCAUUUCAUGCAGCUCCUACUUUUAACUAGGAAGAAUGCGAUGGAUACUGCUCCUCUUAAUUAGUUGCAUCCAAUGCAUUCUUAAUUACUGCUUAAUGCUGACUGCAUCAGAUCUCUUAUUA